AUGCCUCCCAGAGUCACUCGCUCUUCUGCGAGGCUCUCAGCAGGUUCCGCAAACGCCUCGCCGCCGCAGCCCCCCGCACCGCCGCCCCUAACAGCGGCCUCGAAUCGUAAACGCAAAGCACCUGCUAGAGAUCUGAGCCCCGAGCAACCCGCAGACAAUCCCCCGGCGCCACCUACAACUCGAGCACGGCAGAAGAGGGCUAGAGUAGAGGCACCAGACCCAGCGCCGACGCCAGCUCCUGCCAUCUCGUCGAGACUGAGGAAGGGCAAAGGGAAAUCUGCAAUGUCCACGGGCGCUCCACCGGCAGAACCUUCCGAGGAGAACACAACACCACAAGGCCCGUCCUCAUCAACUAAGAAAGGCAAGCCAAAGGGCAGGAAGGAAGCACAAGAUCCAGCAGCAGUGGCCGCUACCCCAUCAUCCUCCAGGCGCCCCUCACGAAGGUCAGCUGCAAAGACCGACGAAGAUGUCCCCAUGAACGAUGCUCUCGACAAACAGUCACCCCAAGGAAGCAAGCCCAAAGCGGACCAAGCCCGACCGGAUAUGAGCGACAGCAGCAGUGGCGAAGGGCCGCCAGGGCACCGGCAUUACGACGACGAAGAUGAUGACGACGAUCCGUUCGGAGGAGCUUAUCUACGUGGCGGGGCUGGAGGGCUUUCCAGCACACUGCGAGCCCUCAGCGGCAUGAUGUCAGGAGUCUCGGGACGGCUACGAGGGAUCCUGGAGCAGCUACGCUCGAAGGAUCCAUCUGUCCAGCUUAUUGCUCUGACUGAGUUCUCGGAUCUGCUCCUUGUGUCGACGGAAGACAACCUCGCCGGCCAUUUCGCACCGGAUCAAUAUGUCAAGGAGUUGGUUACACUCAUGCAGCCAAAUGAUUUUGGUGAAGAGAACCCUGAGAUCAUGCUCCUUGCCUGCCGAUGCAUUGCCAACCUAAUGGAAGCGCUUCCUGCUGCGACUGCCAACGUGGUAUAUGGUAACGCAGUCCCCGUUCUGUGCCAGAAGCUGCUCGAGAUCCAUUACAUCGACCUGGCCGAACAAGCUCUUAGCACGCUCGAGAAAAUCUCCGUCGAAUUUCCAGCAUCCAUUGUACGGGAAGGAGGGCUUACCGCAUGCCUGACUUAUCUAGACUUUUUUGCAACGAGCACGCAGCGAACCGCCGUUACCACCGCGGCAAAUUGCUGCCGGAAUAUCCCCGAAGAAUCUUUCCCUACUAUUCGGGAUGUAAUGCCUAUCCUCCAGGGUGUUUUGAACAGCAACGAUCAGAAGGUGGUAGAGCAAGGCUCUCUUUGCGUCUCCAGGAUUGUGGAGAGCUUCAAGAAUCGCCCGGAGAAGCUCGAGGAGCUGGUUAGUCCCGAUCUACUCAAGAACGUCCUCCGCCUACUGCUACCCGGAACAACGAACCUCAUCGGAGCCAACAUCCAUACCUUAUUCCUCCGAGUGCUUUCGAUCACGGCACGAGCGAGCCCGCGUCUCUCCGUCGAGCUAUUCAAAAUGAACGUAGUGGAUACCUUGUAUCAAAUCUUAACCGGUGUAUCUCCCCCGAGCGGUCUGGAUGACAUCGCUACUAAGAUCGAUAGCGUUGUCGUUAUGCAAGCCUUGAUUCAUCGUCCCCGAGACCAGAUUUUCGAAACCCUCAACGUCAUUUGCGAGCUGCUUCCAAGCGUCUCACAAGAAGGUCUGAUCUUCUUGGACAACCUACCCGAUGCCGGUUUUUUAAGUGAUGAUCUCAUGUCGAUCCCGUCAGGGCCCAAGAAAUCUGCAAACGAAAAGAGAAUUGAGCUAUUGGAGGGCUGCAAGGACCAAGUCAAGCGAUUUGCUGUCAUCCUCCUUCCAACUCUCACAGAUGCAUAUUCAAGCACUGUAAAUCUCAAUGUACGACAAAAGGUGUUGACCGCGCAACUCAAGAUGCUCUCCAAUUUGGAUGUCGACAUACUCGAAGAUGCCCUCCGAGCAGUUCCAUAUGCCUCCUAUCUAGCGUCGAUACUGUCACAGCAGGAUCACUUCACGCUAGUCAAGUACGCCCUUCAAGCGGCAGAGCUGCUCUUGAAGCGCCUGGGAUCUAUUUACCGAUACCAGUUCUACCGAGAGGGCGUCAUUGCAGAAAUUACGAGAAUUGCAAAUCGACCUUGCAAGACGAUAGACGAGAAGCCGAAGACCGUAAAGGCCGCCAUCGAGAUCGAGCGCGUAGGAACAUCGAGCGCGGGAACCAGCUCUGCGGGUGACAUUGAUAUUGAUCACGAUAUCGACGAAGAAGUCGAGGCAGAGCUGCGUUCCGAAGACGACGACGACCAGGACGAGCAGGAAGACAAUGGUGAUAAUCGAGACGAUGAUGAAGAUUCGGAUUCUUCUUCAUCUUCGGCUAAUCAUUACGUAGUCACUCUUCCAGAGCCUAGCAUCGAAGAUGAGAUCACACAGCGCGCGAAGAAGUUCUUGUCGGUCCAUGAAAAGGAGAGCUCGAAACCUAUCCGAGACAAAGCAGCAGGAACUCAGGAAGACCUCAAGGAAUUGGCGCAGGAUAUCAAGUCAUGCUAUCUGGAGGGCAAGGGAGGCCAAGGCAUUGAGUUGUUCAUGCGUCUGGCUGCUUACUUUAAUGGUGAUGCCUUGGAGAGCAUUACCAGCUACGAACUCCUGAGCUCAAACAUUGUUGAGGUUCUCCUGCAGGUAUUCUCUGGACCAGACAGUACUGCUAGUGCGAAUGCGAGAUCUGCAUUCUUGGAAGCAUUCAUGGGUUCCGACACCCAGAACAGGGUUAAGAUGUCAAACAGCAGCUCUCCGGGAACGGCUUUCAGCAUCCUGACAAACAAGCUACAGGACCUUCUCAGUCGAGCCGAACACUUUGAGGUUAUCACCGUUCAUCAGCAUUCAUAUGACAGCAAUCGAAGCAGCGCGGCAUCCAUGCUGGCAAAACAGCUCCGUUUGAAACUCGUCGCCGAUGAAGAUUCCGGCAUCCCAAAGGCCUACCGCAACAUUAUGGUAUCCAUUCAUGCUAUUGCGACCUUCAAGGCCCUUGACGAUUACCUACGACCAAGAAUAAGCGUGUCCGAACGACCACCUAGGCACGGUAGAAACCGUGAUGGAUUGACUGGACCUAUGGCUGCUGCAUACGCUGCAGCAAUGGCUGGUGCUGAUGGUCGAGCCUCUGCCGGAACACCUCCAGCUCCACCUCCUGGAGAAGCGACAAAUCGUAGCUCAUCCAGAAAGACUUCAAAGUCAAAAGCCGCGGCUGCCGCUUCGACUCCCCAAGGAGGCCCUAGCACUCAACCCGAGAAAGCAUCAGGCACUCGCAAAUCAAGCAGGCGACAAGCGCAAGCUCAGGCUCCUCCGCCCCCGCCGCCUCCGCCUGCUCUAGCGCACUCUGAAACCAUCCAAGAUCCAAUCGAGUGUGCUGAUGAAGAACGACUUUCUGAACAAGAUGAAAUGGACGAACGUAGCGCAUUAAACGCAAUUGUGGACGAUCUCGAGGAUGAAUUGGAGGAGGAUGCUGCUGACCCCUCAGCUGUCAGUGUUGAAGUUGCAUCUACAGGAAAAGUUACGGCCCGCAAAGAGGAUGGCACUAGAGUUGCAACACCACUUCACGGACAAACUCCAGUUCGACCGUCACAUGCGGAGCAACGCGCCCAACGACUAUCGGCUCUGCUACGAGGUUCACCAAUGCAACAAGCAUUCGGAAACGCGGCUGCCGCUGGUGGUCUUUCCUAUGCGGCUGCGGUUCAGUCCAUCCCACAAGACUGGCACAUCGAAUUCAGUGUCGGCACUCAACCAAUUGCCAAUGAGACAACCAUUUACCGGGCGGUCCACUUCAAUCAAACACAACCUGCGGAGGUCUCUGUGCGGACUGUGUGGAAUGCUAUUCACACCAUCAAAUUCAAGCGUGUAGCUGGCCCUCCACCAGCCGACAGCGGCUCUUUGACCCCUCCCCCAGAAGCUGCUUCCACUGCUUCGUCGGGACUGCCCCAGUCAUUGGACAAGAACCCGACUACGUCAGGAAUACUUCGUCUUCUAAGUCUGCUUCAUGGCUUGAACUCCAAUCUUGAUGACGUUCUAUCUGAGAACAAGGAUACGAUCAAACUCAACGUCGAGCCCUUAUCCCAGUUCGUCAACACGAAGCUAACUGCAAAACUGAACCGCCAGCUGGAGGAACCCCUCAUCGUCGCUAGCAACUGUCUCCCCAGCUGGAGUGAGGAUUUGGCACGACUGUAUCCAUUCCUCUUUCCCUUUGAGACCAGGCAUCUCUUCCUUCAGUCCACUUCGUUUGGAUAUUCUCGAUCUAUGACGAGAUGGCAAAAUGCGCAAUCUUCGAAUGAUGACCGUCGCGAUCGUCACCGCGACGAGCGACCAUUCCUAGGUAGGUUGCAGCGACAAAAGGUCCGAAUCUCGCGGACGAGGAUUCUAGAAUCUGCUAUCAAAGUUAUGGAGCUAUACGGAUCCUCUCCGAGCGUCCUGGAAGUGGAGUACUUUGAAGAAGUUGGCACCGGCCUAGGACCUACUCUAGAAUUCUAUUCGACAGUGUCAAAAGAGUUUUCCAAGAAGAAGCUCAAGCUCUGGCGAGAGAACGAGUCCACCGACAGCGAAGACUAUUCUUUUGGAAAGCGCGGCCUUUUCCCUGCUCCAAUGAGCGACGAACAAGCCACCUCAGAGAACGGGAAGCGAGUUCUUCAUCUAUUCAAGAUGCUUGGUAAAUUCGUUGCCCGAGCAAUGCUGGAUUCGAGAAUCAUCGACGUCUCGUUCAACCCCACGUUCUUCCGCAUUGGAGACGGUAAUGCCGCUGUCAUUCCUUCCCUUGGCUCAGUUAAAUCAGUUGACAGCGACCUGGCCAAGUCAUUGAAGCUCUUGAAACAGUUCGCCGACAAGAAGCAGCAAAUCGAUGAGAACGGUAGCCUUAGUCCUGCACAAAAGGUUCAAGCAAUUCAGGAUAUCACCAUAGAUGGUGCCCAUGUUGAAGACAUAGGGCUCGACUUCACGCUUCCAGGCUACCCCACAAUCGAACUAAUUGAGAACGGCUCCAACACCUCGGUCACUAUCGACAAUGUUGCUCAAUUCGUGGAUAGAGUACUCGAUUUCACUCUUGGCUCCGGUGUGCAGAAGCAGGUCGAUGCCUUCCGUGCCGGAUUUUCGCAGGUAUUCCCAUACUCAGCACUCAAGGCAUUUACUCCUGAUGAACUCGUCAUGCUGUUUGGUAGAGUCGAGGAAGACUGGUCUCUUGAAACUUUGAUGGAUUCGAUCAAGGCCGAUCAUGGUUACAACCUGGAUAGCAAGAGCGUUCGAAAUUUGCUUCAGGUGAUGAGCGAACUUACGUCGGAGCAGCGACGGGACUUCCUUCAGUUCAUCACUGGUAGUCCGAAGCUUCCUAUAGGAGGUUUCAAGAGCCUUACGCCCAUGUUCACUGUGGUGUGCAAACCGAGUGAACCACCAUACUGCUCGGACGACUACCUGCCCAGCGUCAUGACCUGUGUUAAUUAUCUCAAGAUGCCCGACUACACCAGCUUGGACAUCCUCCGCGAGAAAUUGAGCAUGGCAACCCAAGAAGGCCAGGGCGCUUUCCAUCUUUCCUAGUCAAUGAACCUGACGACAUCAACGGCUACUGCUAGGGGGCACCAUUAUGGGAGGCGCAAACACGGUGCAUGGCGGCAAUCUCUGGGUCAGUUGAGCUAAACGCUCUCUAUCUCCGGGGCUUGCAUCUUUCUCCCUUCUCUCUUGGGGCAUAAAUUUCACUUAUUCUUUUUUGGGCUUUGAGUGAGCGUAGAGCAAGCACUCUUGGUGCAGUUAUGACGUCUCUCAUAUUGAGAAAUUGGUGCAUAUUCUGGUGGCGUGGCGGCCAUGGGAAUGGGUUACUCAGUGAGUGGGUAUC